GCCGGAGCUGGGGCCCGCGCUGCCCGGCCGCCCUCACGCGCGGGCCGCCCGGCCUGCCGUCCGCUGUAGCCUGUCAAGGCCACCGGACCAACUGUGGAAGUGCGAGGAAACGGACACCGGGGCUGGCCGCACGCAGCCCCGCUCAGCAGACACAGGGACCUCGGCCCGGUCAACAAAUCCGGAUUGAGAGUCUGUUCCUGCAGGUCUUUGCGUUACCUGUGGUGGGGCAGGCCCUGUGUGGGCCACAGAACGGAUGUCAGCCAGCCCCACGCCCGCCAUGGGCGCACCCGGACCUCCACAUCUGCUGGGCCUGCUCCCGCUGGACUCGGAUCCUUACGUCUGUCCGGGUCUGGCCCCUUUCUGGGCCUCCCUCACCCCUCUGCAGGCUCCUGAGGUUUCCCAGUUUUAGUCCUGGCCCAAGGACCUAGUUGCUUACGGAGCAAGCGUUUCUCUUGACCGCUGUGGUUCUGUCCCUUAAAUGGAAAUGACGCCCGAUCCGCUUCACUUCCCAAGGCCAGAGUGAGACCAGAGGGUCACUGCAGGAAAAGGGCCCACCGUCUGCAAAGCUCUCCGGUGGGGGAAAUCAACCUGAUCUCUAGGCCCAGAGAGGAGGGAGUCAUGACCCCCGCACACUCACCAACUCUAUCUCUCCUCACCUGGAGACGGGCGUUAUGGCUGUAUCUUGCCCAGAGAAACAGAGCCACCGAGAAGUCAGAAACCCGCUCCCAGUCGCACAGCAAAAUUGACUCGUCCUUUGGGGUGCUCCUUGGAGGCCUUCCCGACCAGUUCCUACCCCACUGCCUACGACGUGCUUUCCCCUCAGCACGGACCUGGGCGCACAGAACACCCCUCCCAGGCUUCAGAGGCUUUAAUGAAGAGCUCUCCAGCCCCAGCCUGAUGUGGGGGCCUCUCCUCUCCGGCCCUGCGGACCCUGGGGAAUGGGGCAUGUCUCCACAUACCCCCAAGCCUGCACAAAGCCAAGCUGGGGCCUCGAGUCCAGGAGCACUGCAGCAUUCGCCGACUGCAGCUCCAGCCGCCGCCCGAGCCUCCUUGGCCUUCCGCAGCCGCCACCGCCGCCAGCACCAUGGCCAGCACCCUUUCCGCUUACAAGGAGAAGAUGAAGGAACUGUCAGUGCUGUCGCUCAUCUGCUCCUGUUUCUACUCACAGCCGCACCCCAACACCAUCUACCAGUAUGGGGAUAUGGAGGUGAAGCAGCUGGACAAGAGGGCCUCUGGCCAGAGCUUCGAGGUCAUCCUCAAGUCCCCUUCUGACCUGUCCCCCGAGAGCCCAGUGCUCUCCUCUCCCCCCAAGAGGAAGGACACCUCCCUGGAGGAGCUGCAGAAGCGGCUGGAAGCAGCUGAGGAACGAAGGAAGACGCAGGAGGCGCAGGUGCUGAAGCAGCUGGCCGAGCGGCGCGAGCACGAGCGCGAGGUGCUGCACAAGGCGCUGGAGGAGAACAACAACUUCAGCCGCCAGGCCGAGGAGAAGCUCAACUACAAGAUGGAGCUCAGCAAGGAGAUCCGCGAGGCGCACCUGGCGGCGCUGCGCGAGCGCCUGCGCGAGAAGGAGCUGCACGCCGCCGAGGUACGCAGGAACAAGGAGCAGCGAGAGGAGAUGUCUGGCUAAGGCGCUGUGGGCCACCGGCGCCUGGAUCCUGAGAGGCGACAUCAGCACAUGCGGGCUCUGGUUUCGUCUUGUCCCACUUCGUCUAGAUGCAACUUUUGUCCCCGCACCCUCCCUCCCUCCCCUGCACUCCCGGCUCCUGCUUCUCUUUCCGCUCCGAGCUGUCCAGUCCUGCACAGGCUCUCCAUCGAGGAGCCACCACGGCGUGGCACACAGUCCCUCGGUUCAGGCACCAGGCCAGGCAGUGGCUGGGUCCCCCGUUGGUGGCCCUCUUAGAUGUGGUGACAGCCUCAAUAAAUCCCGUGGUGGUAGCAGGAACAUGUGGGUCCUUAUGCUGGCUUGUCCUGUGAGCACCUUGUACUUCGGGCACGUCCUCUGAGCCAGCUCCCUGCCGCUGACAGGCCAAGGUGACACCGCCUGCCAGGCCUUCGGUGGGAGGAGGCCCUCUGGGUCAGUCGUGGGAGCCACUUGUGCAGUGGAAUGCUUUGGAAUAGUGCAUAGGAGUCCUCUGAGACCACCUGGCCUGCAGUGGGCAGCUUGGACUGGCCUGGGAGGGUUAGUCAUUGCCUGUGGCUGGACUAGGCAGUGGGAGGGUGGGAUGUGGCCCAGCUGGAGUCCAGGGGAGCGGGCAUUCUCCACCAGGGACCCAUGAGCCCGUGCCGUGGUCUAGAGGGUUGUGGGCUGCAUGGACACGCCUUGGUGGAUCCUCCUCCCAGGAGUGCUCCCCUCCUAAGAGACUCUGGCCCAGUACUGGUGUGGGCCUCCAUCACCAUUCCUCUCCCCCCGGUAGGCUUUACGGAUCCUUGGAGGACCCCGUCUUUAGAGCCCUUUGGAGUCUUGGUCCCUUUCUGUGCCCUAACCCUGGUUUAAAAAAAAAAAAAAAAAAGCUCCUAUGGUGCUCUGGGCCAUGGGGCUUUCAGGCUCAGCUCUGGACAGGUAUGGCUAGGUCUGAGUGAGUGGUAGCUGCAAGUGCCCCUCAGGGAGCAGAUGGCGGGGGCAGGAGGGUGUAGGGGACCAGCUGCUUGCAGCCUCAGAUGGUGGGGGGCGAUGUUCCCAAGCCACCUUCCUACCUAGUCCAUCCUUGACAUUCUUGACCUGUGGCCCUCUCUGGCACUAGGCCUUUCCUGCCAACACCUUCCUGGACUGGGCUCCUUCUCCUCCAUCGGCCGAGCGGGACUCUCCAGAUUGCCAGUGCUGGCCUUUGAGGACUGUCACCUGCUGCCCAUGAGGGUGGUGUCCAGUCCUUGUGCUCCAUCCUCCGUGGCCACCCCACUUCACAGCUGAGGACUGAGGGCAGGGUCCCUGCUGACCAUCCUCUGAGUGGGAAGCAUUAGGGACAGACUGCAAGGACCCAGAGCCAGGGCUUUAGAAGCCAGGUGGGUGGCCGCCCCCCGGUUCCCCCAGCCUCCAUCCUAUGGAAGCCCGUGCCGGUGGACUGCCAGGGCCCAGCCAGAAAGCACAGCUGGGCGCUGGGCGCUACAACAGGCUUUGGGGGAGGCAGGGACCCAUGCCCACUUUCCCUGUCCCACCCGCAGUCUCCGGGGGAAUGACAAGCCAGGAUUGGAACCCCACUGUCCCCCACGUGGCUCCUGCGGGACUCAGAAAGGGACAUGGGAAGAGAGCGGAGGGCCGGAUUUCUCUCUGCAGUGGCAGCUCUCUCAUAGUGGAAGCCUAGUGUGAUAUGUACCCAUCUCAUCCACGUAGUGAAAGUGAACUUAAAUGAAAU